UUGUAAUUUUUAGCUUCGAUUUUUUGUUAACAAUUUUUUAAAAUUUAUUUUUGCGUUCAGGAUUUUCUGUAUUAUUUUCGAUUUCAAUUGUAUAAAUUGUUUUAAUUUUUGCAACCGAUUUAUGGUGAACAUUUGCGAGUUAUUUUGCUGAAUUUUUGAAAUUUCCGGUAAUUAGUAAUUUCGUUGUGAAAUUAAACCGAUUCAACGAGCUGGAAAAAAUUGCCUUCAUAAUACAGCGUAUCACAUUUAGCUGGCGGGCAUCUUUUUACCGAACAAUUUAAUGGACGGGUGAAUUUCCUUCGCUCAAUUGGCAGCUGUUGUAUUACGUAAGGGCCUAUCCAUUUGUGCGAUAUUUAAUAACACUGCGAAAGUGACGAGCUUUUUCCGCGAGACACACAGCCGUAUCGAACGGGUCGACUGUCGAUGGCGAAGGCCACGUUCGCGCUGUUUUUACUCACAUGCCGAACUAUCGAUCCGCGCGAAAACGGGCCAGCUCGCAUUUCACUCCUUUGUGACGACGCGUCGGCAAUUUUCUCGCAUUUUAUAAUACCGACGAAAAACGAACGCUGAGCAUGCCCUUUAUCGGGCUGGACUGGCGGUCGCCGGGUGAGCACUGGAUGAAAACGCCCACCGGCAGCUGGGAGCGCACCAAGAUCCUGGAGAGCGUUGGGCGCUCCCGCGAGAACAGUGUCUCCGAGGAUUCGGACGAUUCGUCCAAGGAGAAUAACGUCCACAGCGGGCGCCGGUGUGCCGCGGAGGAUCGGGACGCGCCACCGGAAGUGGUGGGGAAGGAGUCCGGUGACCACGGCAACGCGGUGACAGUGUACCAGCCGCAUUGUCACAUUGCCAAACGUACAUCGCGGGAGAACACCGCAUACGUCAGUCUAUCGGAAGCCUUCUGGAAAUUGGAUUUUUGCGGCGCUGUGCGGGAUCUGCGCCGGUUCAACUACGUGUGCAAGGUUCUUGACGUGCUGAUCUCGGAAAAACUCGCCUCAUUGGGCGGCCAAGCGCAGAAACUGCUGUUCAGCACCCUGGACCACGUGGUCACUCAAGUUGUGUGUACGCAGCAGAAUGUGCAUAUAAUUCGGCAAUUAAUGCGGGAUCUGAACGAAGCCAUGGAGGAAUCGAAGAUGAGCUGGGGGAAGCAUGUCGGCAGUGAAUUGCUGUGGAAGGGUCAUAAAAUGCGGCUGCAGCAGUGGAAUCACGUGAUGGAUGAUCUCAUUGUGCACCAGAGCACCGAGUGUAAUCAAGCCGUGUUGACCGAUCUGCCGGAGGAGUGCAUGCGUCUAAUCCUGCUGUGUCUGUCGGAUCACCACGACCUGAUCCGCUGCGCGGCAGCCCUACCGGCCAGUCCCUCCAAAUUCGGGCAUCUCUUCGACGAGCAGCGGCUGUGGAAGGAAUUGUGUUUCUUCCAUUUCGACGCCGGUCAGCUGGCGCAGGUGGCCAAAACCUGCCAGAAUAAUGCGGGAAGCGACUGUACGGAGAAAGACUGGGAAGACAUGUAUCAUCGCUUGAAACGAUUUUUCGGACUGAAGGAGACGUACGCGGAGACACUGCAGCUGUGUCUGCAUUGUCGCACCCUGUUUUGGCAGUCCUACGGUCAUCCGUGCCCGGUGCUGGCCGACGACAGGAGCAGCGCAGCCUGGCGCGCGCAUUUCACCCACAAACAACCCAUUCCCAUUUCACCACGGGCUUUCUUGGAAUUCUUCUCAUUAUAAAAGCGGCUGUUAUUUUUCUCUUUAUCGGAUAAUUCUCAAGUUAUUGUACUCAGGAUAUUGUGCUAUGUCCCUGUGAAUUCGCUACCCGCUGGCUGUAAAAAUGAAUCUUUAGAUUCUAAUUUUUUCCCUUUAAAAUUAAUGGUUUGUAUAUAAUUUUGCGCAGCUGUAUAUAUUGGAUGGUGUGAUGAAAGUUACGAAAUUAAAUCUCAAAA